UUCCACACGAGCCUCGGAGACAAAUGAGAAAAGCAAAAAACGAGGCAUCAUCGGCGGCCAAGAGGUGGAAGUAGCUCGAAAGGCCUGGUAUCGCCCCGACAACGCCACCACCAGCCACCCCCACGGAGCCUGAAUAAUGAGGAGGCGUCCGCGGCGCCGGAGGCUUGGCCCGAGCUGAUCACCGCACCCCCCAGAGAAAAGACUGCGCGGAAAAAGUAAUACCAUGUCGAGAGCACUGCCGGUCGGCUGCAGGUGAUAUGGAAGCCGGGGACGAGCAGGACGAGGACUCGGCGGCGAUGAACGAGGUGAGCCUCGACAGCAGCAGCCACCGGCAGCACCGCCAGAGCACGGAUACGGUGAAGGUAGCGGCCAGGGUGCAGUGCUCGCUGCAGCGCUCGUCGUCGCGGCCGAGCCCACCUCCGGGCGAGGGCCUCGAGAGGGGGGAGGAGGAGCUCGGCUUUGACGGGGUACCAAGGAUCAGUCGAGCGAAGCGGCUGUCCUGCCAGGAGCCCAUCCGGCGCGACGAGGAGCUCGACAUGGACGCGGUCGGCAGGUACCUGGAGGCGAACGCGGGGCUGGCCGAGGCCUGGAUCCGGGAGAACGCGAGCCCAGAGCUGAAGCUGCGGCUGCAGGCGUGCUGUCUCGCGACGAGCAAGUCCUCCUCGACGAGCCUCCAGCACGAAGAGAGCGCGCUCAGCCGGAGCAAGCGUAACAGCAUCACCUCCGACUUGUUUCAGUCCUGGCUCGCCUCCAACUCGCCCGUCAAGCGCAGUCGCAGCCCCAGCAGGUGA